GGUUUUUCUUCCUAACCAAAAGCUGGAAUUGAGCCCCAGGCAUGAACAGGCGAAGCAGCUGCUCCAGAGAGCUCGUAUGAAGGCCAGGACAAACCCCCUUCGAGCUAGCCAUAACAUCCUGCUUACUGCCUCUCCAGACAAGAGGGGUACCUGUAGAUCCUCUGUUGCAGAUGCAACAAAAGACUUUGGUUUGAAGGAUGGAAAUAAUCCCACUAGUGGAAACCAGAGUGAUUCAUCCAGUGGUGACUCCAGCUGUGGGCAGCAGAGGAAGCAAGGACCACCUUCUUCUCGGGUGCGUUUUGAGGAUGAAUCUGCAAGGGACGCCGAAGUUCGCUAUUUGGAACGCCUGCAGCAGCGCCAGAAGCGGCCCUUAGAUUCAGUUCUGUUAUCUCUUGGCCAGGGCCCACUGCUCUCCAAACCAGAUCUUGCUGGAUAUAUAAAUGGUGAACUCCAGCGUAAAGAGAGCAGCGUCAACAAACCUAGCUGGGAACAUCAAAGCAUAGGACAGGGAACCAAAAGGCAUACUCACCAGAACGGAGGAUGCUCUGGAAGAGGGACCUCUCCUCAAGUCAACAAAGAAAGCAAGUGUAGUGCCUGUGGGUCUUAUAUCAACAAUUCAGCAGACACUCAGGUCAACCAAACUGGGAAUGGCAAACAUGGAAUUGCCAACGCCCUUCCUGGAGGCAGUGAUACUGUUCACACUAAUGGAAGCCAAGAGCUCGCUCCUUCCCAGGAGGACUCGCGGACAAAGCCUCUAGCCCCCAAAAGGACUCCAUUGUGGAUCCUUCCUUCUCGGCAGCGUGUUUUUGCAGAAUGCCUCAGGGAGACGCACAUCGGCGAAGUUACUGAAGAUGUGGACUCCGCUUUAGGCAGCACCACUGACACGUCCGACAGCUACAGGACAGACAGCGAAGAAGCUGGCGCCAACGGUCAGCGGUUUGCAACCAAAACAUGCCACGGUGUCCCUAGGCCAUUGUGUUCUUCGGAGAAGAAAGCCAACGCUGUCCCCGUGGACAGGCAAUGGGGGAAUGGCAGCUGCAAAACCAGGGAAGAAACUAUCUGGGGUAACAUUCCUAACACGAGCGGAUUGGAAAUUGGGUCAAGUACUGACAAAGCACAAAUUCGUAGCUUGCAGGGAGUCUCCGAGGGGGGAGAAGAUCAGGAGGCUCAGGCGGCCAUUCCAAGGAGCAAACAGCUAAUGAAUCCGUGUCAAACGGAGAAGGAAGAUAAAGGCAAAGCACAGAGAAAAGUAUCCGGUGCCCAAUUGAGAAAACCCGUAUCUCCCGUUUAUUCCCAGCAGUUGGUUUUCCAAGAUGGUAUAAAAGCUCCUAUGAACAGACCAGUCAAUCAUUUAUGCCAAAUGAAGCAGCAUUCAAAGCCGGUGGCUGCUGCCAACAAUUUAAGGAGUCUAAUACCAGCACCCCCCGCUACUGGAAAAGUUCACUCCUCCCCAAUGUCUUAUAGGAGAGCUGUUUUAACAGGCAGCCACAAAUUGAUCAAACAGGAUCCUGGGCGUAUAAAUAAAACCAACGAACUAUCAGUUGCAGCUGCCCCUUCUGAUUUCCAGGAUGUAGAUGUAUCUGGGCUAGAGGAGCAUCAUGGCCAGCAGGAUUCAGAGACAUUCUCCAAACAUCUGGCUUUGUCCUCCAAUAUUCACAAUAACAUAUCUGCCAAGCCAGAGCCCAAAACCAUAAUAACGGGCAGAGAUGAUCAACUUCGGGAGAGUGAGAAGAUGGGGGAAAAUCAAGAAAAGAUGAUAACCAAUGAGGUUCUGGAAGGCGUCCCUUUGUUGGUUCUCGCUAACAAACAAGAUAUAGAG